UUUGUAAACAACAGUGUCAACCGGCAAUCAUGUCAUCAACUGCCGACCAAUGACCAUAUCAUCAAUAACACUCACCUCAUCAUUAUCACCUUCAAAACAUGCCCAAGCAUAAGUCUACAUACAAUCAAACAUGGCUUCCAGUGUAACAUACCCACCGCUCAGGUUGAGUACAUGAUUGGGCUGAAGAAUGGCAGCGCUUGCAAACCGAUGAUUGAAUGUCAAGUGAUUGAUCCUUACGACAGCAAAGGCAGUGUACUGGCCGAUAGUGAAUGCAUUAAAAUUACUGGCGACUUGGAUGCCACAUUGGGCGGCUACACUGCCAUCCGCCUGCUGGGCGACAUUUUCGUGAUGGCCGCAUUGACGCUGCUCAACACCGCCAUCGUCAUUGCAGUGCGCGAGACAUCGGAGGGACGCGGUGAGGUAUGCCGUCAGUAUGUGUGGGGUGCGAUCGGUUAUGUGCUGCUCUUCUCGCCCAUCGAUUUGUUUGCCUUUUCGAGUGACUCGAAACACGACGCCGCACUGGUGGCACUAAUACUUGUCAUUGUGUGUCUGCUCAUCGGUGCCUUAGUGCUGCUGUUUGCAUCGCAAAUGCCGCUUAGCCCGCCGGAGUGGUGGUGGCACACAAAGACCGGCAUGCUCGUCUAUCCCAUGUCGGCAAUACGUCGCUAUAGCCCCGAAAUAUUCGUGCUUACACUUGUCGCCAUACUAUUCGGCACAUUCUGGAGCUGCAUUCACAGUUUUCUCAUUUGGACAUUCAGCGAUACGUAUGCGGUCACCUAUUCUGGGUUGAUUUUGGUGUUGGUGCUGUUCUUCAAUGUCGACAAAUUCAUCGAAUAUUGUGGACAUUCGAAUAUCUUUAUCGGCGGCUUUGCGGUUUUCAUCAUACGCUUCACUGCGCUGAGCAGCGAUGGCACCCAAUGGCUGACCGUUGUCAUGGAGGCUAUCGAGCCGGUGGUCAUCGGAGUUGUGUGGAUUACGAUUAUACUGUAUAUGCGACAUGCGAUGCCCAGGAAGUUGACAGCGACCGGACAGGCAGUGGCUGUGUUGGCCUUCUUCGGCAUUGGCAAAGGCUUGGGCGCCGUUAUCGGAUUGGCGCGUGACGACAAGGUGCCCCAAUCGGAGGCACAGCUCAUACAUCAAUGGUUAGCGAUUGCCGCUUGCAUUAUUGCGCUCGUUUACUUCAUCAUUUACAAUUUGCUUUUGGCGCCACGUUGCGCUGCCAAAUCACAGCAUAUUGAAGAGUUGAUUUCAGGCUCGGCAUCGCAAAAUUUCAGUAAUGGCACUGGCAAUGGAGCCGGCAGCACCGGACAGGGUAGCACCAGCGCUGGCGCAGCGCUAAAUGGCAACUCGAAUUACUCGCCGCUACGUGUGUAUCACAAUGAGCGAGGGAAAUUGGGACAAUUUAGAUUUUAAAUUUAAUUAAUGCGCUUUGAAAUACAUAUGCAGAUACGUACAUACACGUGUGUAUGUAUGCAUGUUUAAUGUAUUU